AUGGGUGAUCAAACAACUUCCGGUGCAGCUGCCAAUGGUGCAGAAAGUGCCACAAACGGUUUAGUUGGCAACGCAGCUGCAGCUAACAAUGGUGGUGGAAAUGCGAAUGCUAAUGCUAAUGCUAAUGUUAGUGGUAAUGGUAAUGGCAAUGGCAAUGGGAAUGGUAACGGUAACGGCAAUGGCAAUGGCGCUCCAGCAUUGUCAGAACACUUAAAUGGUGUUGCUGUUGCUAACGGCACUGCCGGCGAUGGUACGAUGAAUGUUGAAAAUGGCGUUGGUGGCAGCGGUGUUGUUGGUGGCGGCACUAUAGACGGUACUGAUGUCGAAGCAGCUGUUGAUGAUGCUGCAACGGAUGCUGGUGCUAGUUCAUUGCCACCAUCAGAAGUUGGUGGGCGUCCACCAUUGGAUACCGCUUGCUCUGAUGGUGGUGGUCCAUCAAGCUUAGGUGGUGGUAUGGUCGGACCACCAAGUCCUUUAACCGGUUGCUAUUUGCUGAUUGUUUUGGGUGAACCGCACUCGGAAGAGCACAAAGAUAAUAUCUUGCAACAUUUGUUGAAGGAAAUUUAUAAGAAAGUGAACGUAACUGUGAUGGGUGAUCAAACAACUUCCGGUGCAGCUGCCAAUGGUGCAGAAAGUGCCACAAACGGUUUAGUUGGCAACGCAGCUGCAGCUAACAAUGGUGGUGGAAAUGCGAAUGCUAAUGCUAAUGCUAAUGUUAGUGGUAAUGGUAAUGGCAAUGGCAAUGGGAAUGGUAACGGUAACGGCAAUGGCAAUGGCGCUCCAGCAUUGUCAGAACACUUAAAUGGUGUUGCUGUUGCUAACGGCACUGCCGGCGAUGGUACGAUGAAUGUUGAAAAUGGCGUUGGUGGCAGCGGUGUUGUUGGUGGCGGCACUAUAGACGGUACUGAUGUCGAAGCAGCUGUUGAUGAUGCUGCAACGGAUGCUGGUGCUAGUUCAUUGCCACCAUCAGAAGUUGGUGGGCGUCCACCAUUGGAUACCGCUUGCUCUGAUGGUGGUGGUCCAUCAAGCUUAGGUGGUGGUAUGGUCGGACCACCAAGUCCUUUAACCGGUUGCUAUUUGCUGAUUGUUUUGGGUGAACCGCACUCGGAAGAGCACAAAGAUAAUAUCUUGCAACAUUUGUUGAAGGAUGUGAAACUUACGCAGACACAGACGAAUUGGCCGGCCCACAGUCUAGAGAUACUAGCUGUGGACUUAGUCACAGACUAA